AUUUUGGCGCUUUCCAAAAUUCUGUUUUCUGUCAAAAGGUUAGAAGCCUUGGGUCAAGCAAACGAAAAUCCCAUGAAAAACGCGAAUUUUUUAAUCGGCAAUUGAGUGAGUUCAAUUAACCCGGAUCGCGAUAGUCGAGUCGCUUCUCCGAAUGUUUACAAAUACGCGACACGGACGAUGUGCGACGUGGGAAACUUCCGAAAAGUCGAAAAAAUUGGCGAGGGCACCUACGGAAUUGUUUACCGAGCGAAGGACACGAAAACGGGCCAGGAUGUCGCCCUCAAGAAAAUACGUCUCGAGAGUGAAUCGGAGGGUGUUCCAUCCACCGCCAUAAGGGAGAUUUCCCUGCUCAAGGGUCUUAAACACAAGAACAUCGUCCAACUGUUUGACGUAGUCAUCGCUGACGCAAGUCUGUACAUGGUAUUCGAGUACCUGAAUAUGGACUUGAAGAAAAUGCUGGACAAGUGCAAAGAUCAGUUCACACCACAACUAAUAAAGUCGUACAUGUAUCAAAUGCUCGACUCAAUAGCAUUUUGUCAUAUGAAUCGGAUUCUCCAUCGCGAUUUGAAGCCCCAAAAUCUCCUGGUUGAUAGUCGCGGGCAUAUAAAGUUGGCCGAUUUUGGUCUAGCCCGCUCUUUCAAUUUCCCCAUGCGAGUGUAUACGCAUGAAGUUGUCACGCUCUGGUACCGAGCACCGGAAAUCCUUUUAGGCACGAAAUUCUAUGCAACUGGCGUAGAUAUUUGGAGUUUAGGAUGUAUUUUUGCAGAAAUGAUUAUGAGACGACCCCUGUUUCCCGGUGAUAGUGAGAUAGAUCAAUUAUAUCGAAUUUUCCGCACUCUUGGAACGCCAGAUGAAAAUAUUUGGCCCGGUGUCUCUUAUCUUCCCGAUUAUAAAUCAAACUUUCCGAAGUGGGAGUCGCCGAAUCUGCCCGACGCUUUGAUAAAGCAUGAGUCAUUUGAUCUACUCAAGAGUAUGAUGCUGUACGAUCCGAAUUGUCGGAUUUCCGCGCGUAAUGCUAUGCAAAACGCUUACUUCAAUAAAGUGGAACCGGUGCUGCAGGUUGCAUUGCCACAGGAAACGCCAUAGUUCAUAUUGUAAUGCUAUUUUUUUUUUACAAUAACUAAAAGUGCAUUUUAUUUAUUUCGUAUUUAUCCAAAACAUUUUGUCAACUUUAUAAAGUUAAGAGAUAAAGUUUAGAAAAUUUUUUUAUAACGUAA